AUGGCGGCCACGCUCGCGGGCGCGGCCUGUCGGCAGAAGAGCUUCAAAGUGAACGGAGUCGAGGUGCAGACGGGAGUGCUCCCACGGCUCCCGCUUACACACCGCGAGUUGAAAGAGGUGGUUGGUCUAAGCGGAAAGGUCGUGGUGACCGUCACAAUAUUGAAGGCCGAUGGCACGUUCGAAUACCACGCAACGCUCCAAGAUCGGGUCGAAGAUUUUGCUGCGUUUUGGUUCAAGGCAUACGAUGAGCCAGGGAAGAGCGUGAACGUCAGCGUUGCUCAAACAGGGCAGGAUCUCCAGGAUGCUUGUGCACGUAGUUUCAAGAGGUUGCUGGCCCCUGCUUUGCUUCCGCUCCUGUGUGCGAUUUUGCUACCAGGCUCGGGGCUCGUCCCGCGAGAAGUCGAGGCGACAGCAUCUUACAUACGGCAUGCGGCCACUUCUUUCCCAGCAGGGCCGAGGCUGGAAACGCCGAAGGAUCAGAUGACGAAGUUCGCCGUAGCGAAUGUAAAGGGUAGCACGAAGGAGUCAGACGCCAGCGGAUUCCUGAACAACUUUCUCAUGGAGGACACCCGAAGCUACAUCAAGACUGUCAUAUUCGAGACGACUGCGAGCCACAAGCAAGAUAACGUGGUGAAUGCGUUGUCCAACACAAACUUACCGCACAACGUCACGACUAAGAUCGGUCUGCUCGUUGCCAACACGACGUUGCUUGUGGACCAAUUCUCAGAUUUUCAUUACGGGAGUGAUGGCAGGGCCUAUUCGUACUCUGUUAACGUGUGGGCAUCCCGGGAGAAGGCUGACAAGACCUUAGAUGUCGCGUUGAUGGUAUCUGGUGCGUCGUUCAAGAAGUCUGAUUUCAACGGCGUCGAGGAAAUUGAGGAGCCGCAGGUGGUGAAAGUGUGGAAUUUUCAUCCAGCAACGUGGUAUUCAUCGGAAUGGACUGAAUACGUCGAGAGGCCCCUCUUGGACGAACACGGCAAACAAGUAGUCCGCAAAACCACGCGCCCAGUCUUCAACAAUGCCUCUGCUGUCAAGCCGCACGAGAUCGAGAUCCUCCGGAACCAGCUGCUGACGUGGACGUGCUUCGACGCCCUGAAGAACCACGCCCCCGAUCACCUGCAAGCCCUCACAGCUCCGAGGCUGGUGAUCCCCCCCCGCGUCGCAGGAGGGCACCCUGCCAGGGAGGCGGGCGACGAAGGGCCCCCGGCCGGGGAGCAGAGGGAGGCGGAGCCCUGA